GUUCAACCAAUAGGAUCUGAAUAUUAUCGGGCGGACUUAGCCACUGCCAAUGAAAAUUUGCUGCAAUGGGGGCUUGAUUGGCAUAAAUUUAGCAUAAGUAGAGGUGUGUGAGGGAAUACGGAUGUAUUGUGUUCUGUGCUAGUUGUGUCGCUAUGCCUGAACCUGCGAAGUCAGCGCCCAAGAAGGGCUCGAAGAAAGCUGUGACGAAGACGGCAGGCAAAGGAGGAAAGAAACGCAGAAAGUCCAGAAAGGAGAGCUACGCUAUCUACGUGUACAAGGUGCUGAAGCAGGUCCAUCCCGACACCGGCAUCUCUUCCAAGGCUAUGGGCAUCAUGAACUCGUUCGUGAACGACAUUUUCGAGCGCAUCGCCGGUGAGGCUUCUCGUUUGGCUCAUUACAACAAGCGUUCGACUAUCACUUCCCGGGAGAUUCAGACUGCUGUACGCCUCUUGCUGCCCGGUGAAUUGGCCAAGCACGCGGUGUCUGAGGGCACCAAGGCUGUCACUAAGUACACGAGCUCUAAAUAAAGUGCCGUACAAAUCAGCCAAACCGCAACAAAGGCUCUUUUAAGAGCCACCCAUCUAUUUCAGUCAAAGGCAAAACUUACCGAUUUUUUUUUUUUUUUUC